GACUAACAACAACAUGCUCCAACACACCACGUAUAAAAGGUUGGCUACCUGUCUCAGCCAGACUCGAUCCAAGAUGGGCUUAGACUUCUCGGCAUGGACGUGGACCCUCCUGGUGGUCCUGGUCACUCUCUUCAUUGUCUACACCUACUGGCCCUACAAGACCUUCCACACAUUAGGCAUCCCGGGCCCCAAGCCGGUGCCUUUUUUUGGAACCAUGCUGGCGUACAGGAAGGGUAUUACCAACUUUGACAUGAAAUGCUUCAAGAAAUACGGCAGCAUGUGGGGCAUCUAUGACGGCCGGCAGCCUGUUCUGUGCAUCACGGAUCCCGCCAUGAUAAAGACCGUUAUGAUAAAAGAGUGUUACUCUCUCUUCACCAAUCGCAGAAACAUACGCCUGAACGGGCCGCUGUACGACGCCGUGUCCAUCGCCGAGGACGACAACUGGAAGAGGAUCCGCAGCAUCCUCUCGCCUUCCUUCACUUCUGGGCGACUGAAAGAGAUGUUUGGCAUCAUAAAGCGCCACUCGGCCAACCUGGUCAGCAGCUUGAAGAAGAAGGCCGACAAGAACGAAGCUGUGGACGUGAAGGAGUUCUUUGGACCCUACAGUAUGGACGUGGUCACCAGCACUUCCUUCAGUGUGGACAUCGACUCCCUCAGCAACCCCUCAGAUCCCUUUGUCACCAACAUCAAGAAGAUGCUCAAGUUUGACUUUUUCCACCCUCUCUUCCUUACCUUAGCCUUCUUCCCCUUCCUGGCUCCCGUCUUCGAGAAGUUAGAGGUUUCCCUUUUCCCGGCCUCCGUUUUAGACUUCUUCUUUGCGGCGCUGCAGAAGAUCAAAUCUAACCGUGAGAGCAGUGAGCGAGGGAGUCGUGUGGACUUCCUGCAGCUGAUGAUGGACUCCCAGAAGAACAACGACGCCACCGGAGCGGAUAAGGAUAAAGGUCUGAGUGAUCACGAGAUCCUCUCUCAGGCCAUGAUCUUCAUCUUUGCGGGCUACGAGACCAGCAGCAGCACUCUGGGCUUCCUGGCGUACAACCUGGCCACAAACCCGCACGUCAUGAAGCGGCUGCAGGAGGAAGUGGAUGCCACCUUCCCAAAAAAGGCUGCAGUCCAGUACCAGGAGCUGAUGCAGAUGGACUACCUGGACUGCGUCAUUAACGAGUCCCUUCGUCUAUAUCCCAUCCUCCCACGCGUGGACCGUGUCGCCAAGGCGACCGUGGAGAUAAACGGCCUGGUCAUCCCAAAAGGCAUGGUGGUCAUGGUGCCCACCUGGCCCCUGCACCGGGAUCCCGAGUUGUGGCCCGAACCAGAGAAGUUCAAACCGGAGAGGUUCAACAAGGAAAACAAAGAGUCCAUCGACCCGUACACGUACAUGCCUUUCGGUGUGGGCCCUCGGAACUGCAUCGGGAUGCGCUUUGCUCUGGUGACCAUGAAGCUGGCCUUGGUGGAGAUCUUGCAGAGGUACAGCUUCUCCGUUUGCGAGGAGACUGAGGUCCCCAUCGAGUUGGACAAACAGGGCCUGCUGGCGCCAAAGCGACCGCUCAUGCUGAAACUGGAGCCACGGUCGUAACAAGCAAGCUAAAGGGAAUCGUGUGUCCUCGCAACGCUCGCCGCACUUUUAUAAAGAAUAAAGAGCAGACAGACAAAGUCUUUAAAGGUAUCGUGCUACUGUUUUGCUUCUUUCUUUUCCAAUGCGGACAAAGACAACAUGUUCCUUUGCUUUACUUUGGUGUUUUUACACUUUUAUGGAAAGAAUAUUAAAACAUUCCAUAUACACUCAAUAAAGCUUUUAUGAUCGACACA